CCGAGCGGAGGUCAAACCGUCACUGCACACGCUUGCUGUUAGUGUUGACCAAUCCCUCCGGCACCGCCGACGCCGCUCCCACCAAGGCACCAACUCCCGGUCCUCCGAUCCCGGGGCUCCCGAAGCCAUGGAGGGGGAGGAGGGCCCCGGCGCGGACAUGGAGGCGCUCGUCCGCCGCCUGAGGCUCCACCGCGCGGCCCCCUCCCCGUACGAACCCUCCGACGCGGUGGCCCCCGCUCCAUGCGCCGGCGAGCUGUUCCGGCCGCGGAGGGCCGCCGUGCUCGUCUGCCUCUUCCGGGGCGCCGCCGGCGAGCUCCGCGUCAUACUCACCAAGCGCUCCUCCUCCCUCUCCACCCACUCCGGGGAAGUUGCAUUGCCAGGUGGAAAGGCUGAGGAGGGCGAUGCUGAUGAUGCAGCAACAGCAUUAAGGGAGUCAAAAGAGGAGAUUGGGCUUGAUCCAUCUCUGGUUACCAUUGUUACCUCUCUUGAACACUUCUUGUCCAAACAUCUUCUGGUGGUUGUUCCUGUUGUUGGCAUACUUUCAUAUAUACAAGUGUUUAAACCCGUUCUUAAUGCUGCUGAGGUGGAUGAAAUUUUUGAUGUGCCACUGGAGAUGUUCCUCAAGGAUGAGAACAGGACAUCUGAUGAGCUAGAAUGGAUGGGGCAGGCGUUCACAAUUCAUCACUUCAAUUAUAAGAAAGGGAACAAGAAGUACAGAAUCUGGGGCCUGACCGCCGGCAUCCUGAUCCAUGCAGCUUCAGUCGUAUAUGAGCGACCACCAGACUUUGCUGAGAAAAGACCAAAGUUGAACUUGCCAAAGUACUCAAAGGAGUGCCGUUCAAUGCCAUGAUCUGAGUCUGAGCACGAAUCUCCAUAAUACAAAAUCUCAGUUAUAUUGAUUCUGGCACACAACAGACUACUACUAAACAUUAAAAGUGGUUGUAGAAACUAAAGGGAAGUUAAAAUCAUAUGGUUCCAUAUCAUUCAUAUUCUUUUCAAAACUUUUCACAUGAUAGAGUAAUAGCAUCAGUAUUUUAGAAUAAUGUUUGUUACUAAAUACCAUCAUAGUACAUCGUCGAUUGGCUCCCCUACUGAUACGGCCAAACACCUGCUGCAAUAAAAUUGGAUUGCACGCAAUUCAGAUUGUUCUGCUGA